AUGCGCAUUGCCCCCAGUAAGCUGCAGUUACUCCUGAUGGGGAUAGUUUGUAUUACAGAGUUUCGUGCUGUACCAUCCGCUCUUCAGAAAGAUCCAAAGUGUGGGCAGAAAGUUCAAGAGACAAAACCCUGGAGUUACCUUAACCUUUUCACUCGGAUUGUUGGGGGAAACCAGGUGAAACAAGGCUCACAUCCAUGGCAGGUUUCCUUGAAACGAAGGCAAAAGCAUUUCUGUGGAGGCACCAUUGUUUCUGCUCAGUGGGUGGUCACGGCAGCUCACUGCAUCUUAGACAGGGACCUACUCCAGUACUUGAAUGUCACUGCAGGAGAGUAUGAUUUGAGGAUCAGGGAGAAUGGCGAGCAGACGCUCCCUGUUAAAUAUGCCAUUAAGCAUCCAAACUUUGACCCCAGAAGGCCAAUGAACUAUGACAUUGCCCUUCUGAAGCUGGAUGGAGCCUUCAACUUCAGUUCAUCGGUUUUGCCAGCAUGUCUUCCUGAUCCAGGUGAAAAGUUUGAAGCAGGAUACAUCUGCACUGCUUGUGGUUGGGGCCGUUUAAAUGAGAAUGGAGUACUUCCUCAGGUCUUAUAUGAAGUCAAUCUACCAAUCCUAAAUGCUAAAGAGUGUUCAAGAGCAUUAUCAACUUUAAAGAAACCCAUCCAAGGUGACACUAUAAUGUGUGCUGGAUUUCCAGAUGGAGGAAAAGAUGCCUGCCAGGGAGACUCAGGAGGCCCUCUUCUGUGCCGACGUAAGCAUGGUGCCUGGACUCUCGCUGGUGUGAUCUCCUGGGGGAUGGGAUGUGCUCGUGGCUGGAUAAGUAAUGAGAAGAAGAAACAUUAUGACAGGGGAUCUCCGGGAAUAUUCACAGACCUCAGUGCGGUGCUUUCCUGGAUUCAAGAGAACAUGGGUGCUG